GAAGCUCCUCCUUGUCGGGUGUUCUCGCCCUCUUGCGAGGGCUCUUGCUUCUUUCCCUUCGCCGACUGGUUCUCUCUCGAUCCUUAUAAAUGAACUCCUUCAGAUGGCCUGCUUUUAUCAGCCUUUCAAUCUCGUCUUUGAGGUGCCUGCAGUCGUUGGUGUUGUGCCCAUAAUCCUUGUGGAAUCGACAAUACAAAUUGCUUUUGGGCUUCGUCGGUCCAUCCUUUCUCGUUCGAGGCCACCGGACAACGUUGUCGCGGAUCUCCUUCUCUAUUACCUCCAAUAUUCUUGCUUGUGGAGCCGACAAGGGGGUGUAUUGAUUCGGCCUUCACCCUCUCAACCGCCCCUCUCUCACCAUUCUUGGGGAUCCCUUCCUCUCUAUCCAGGUGGUCCAUUGGACCUUGGUAAGACCCGCGGCGGCGUUCCUCCUCCCUCUGGUGCGACGCUUAAACCUUCUUCGCCGAUAUUUGCUCCAGCACCUCCGCCGCAACUGGUUGCUACUAAUUACCCGGCAGGUCCCGCUUUGUUUCCUGUCACCGACACUCCAGACGGCCAGGUCACCGGCAGCCACCACCUGUGGCCGGUGCAAUUUGGCUCUCUCUCGACGCAAUCCCUCAUCCCCCCGUCUGUUUCCUCUAACCCCACGGCGGCAGAAAUCCCUCAGCUCACAGAAACCCUCCAUACACUAGACUCUCCCUCAACUCAAAAUUUGGGCCAACUUAAUGGGCCGAUAUCAACUAUUCACAAUGCCAAGCCCACUCUUAACGGGCUGCUACCAAGGAUAACAUCGGAUCCAAUAUGCAGGUCGGCUUCAAUUUUUCCACAGCUCACAGAAACCCUCCCUACACAAGACUUUCCCUCAGCUAAAAAAUUGGGCCAUCUGAAUGGGCCGCUACCAACUAUUCACAAUGCCAAGCCCACUCUUAACCACCCAACAGACCCAUCAUUCUCUCACGCCAAGCCCAACCCCCAGUCAGGCCCCAUUGAUAUCCCCUCGACCCAGCUCACGGAGAAUCCCUCCUCAACCCAUGCGACGUUGACCGGUGACUUCCCCUCCGGCGCCGGCAGUGGGACCGGGCAUCUUCAAACAGACGGAAUGCCCCUCUCCACCGCGUUGACUGCUCCACUGCCGGGCACCUCCGAAACUGAUCGGGCCCCCUUCUACGCCGAAUCGGGGCGCACCACCUCGGCCAAC